UGAUAGGCCAUAGCACCCUGGAUUUGGUGUCAACCAUCCUCCCAGGUUCUUAUGUUGGGAUUAUCCAGAAUAGUUUUAACCCUAUGCCUCAGACUCUCCAAGUGCAGGCACAGGGACCCCAGUAAUGUCUGCACAUGGUGGUAUAGUAACCACAGGCAAACACUGAUCAGGGGCUUGGUAAUACUGCCUCAGGGUGGCACCACCAUAAGGAGCUCACAGUGGGCACAGGAUUGCUUAAGAAAACCUAAUCCCAUCCACUUUACAUCCUGGUUUUCGGCAGAAGAGAUGGAGAAGUCAGAUGAGCCGGUGGAGGUUGUCCUCCUGGCUACGGGCUCUUUUAACCCUAUCACUAUGAUGCACCUGCGACUGUUUGAAUUGGCACGUGACUACCUGCAUGGGACAGGGAAAUAUAAGGUUGUAAAAGGUAUCAUCUCUCCAGUGAGUGAUGGGUAUAAGAAGAAAGGGCUUGUAGAAGGUUCUCACCGCCUAGCCAUGGCCCAACUGGCUACUGAGACUUCGGACUGGAUAGAAGUAGACCCCUGGGAGUGUACCAAGAAGGAGUGGACAGAGACAGUGCUAGUAUUAAGACAUUACCAGCAGCAGCUGAAAUGUACAGAUAAUGGGGAAAUCCAGAAGAAAGCUGGGUGCAGGAAGGGUCAAAAGAGGAAGAGAAAUGAUGUCUGCCAAGACAUUCCAGACUAUAACUGUCCAGAGAGUAAAGCCUCUCCUCAGGUUAAACUUAUUUGUGGAGCUGACUUCCUUGAGUCUCUUGGGGUCCCAAACCUUUGGAAACCUGAACACGUCAUAGAAAUUGUGUCAACUUUUGGUCUGGUCUGUAUCAGUAGGAUGGGGAGCGACACUCACAAGUUUAUGUAUGAAUCUGAUGUUCUCUGGAAGCACAGGAAAAAUGUCCAUCUGGUGGAUGAGUGGAUUACCAAUGAUAUCUCUUCUACCAAGGUCCGAAGAGCCCUGCGGAGGGGGAUGAGUGUGCGAUAUCUGGUGCCAGAUCCUGUCCUAGAUUACAUCAAGAAACAUGACUUGUACAAUGAGGAGAGUGAAGGGAAGAACUCAGACCUUAUCCUAGAACCCUUUCUGAGGAACUCCAAGAACCAUCAGUAAUGAUGAAUCCAUCACAACUUCAUUGCUUGCAUUUUAAGAGGCACAAAACAGGCUUUUCACGGUAGAGAUAUUUAUUUAGACAAUGUUUGUAAUGUUCAUGAUCCAAGGUUAAGCUGCAUAGACAGUUUAUCUAGUCCAUUUUCUAAGGGCCCUAUUAGACGGGCAGAUAGAGCUCCUACGGGUCAACCCAUCCCCCCCAUGUUUAGUAAAAGGGCGAAUGUAGUGCAUGCCACAAUAAUCUUUGGUGGCAAGGAGCAUGUAGGGCAGGCCAUAAGAGCAAAAGUUCCAACUCCUGUCAUCUAAAUGGUACUGCCAAGAACAUACUAAUAUUUCUGUGGCAAUGUGUCCAUGUCAUUUAUGGUACAUAGAUAUACACAGCACUUUAUAAAGAUAAUGGCGUUUGAACAGGAGCGAAGCUCAUACGGGUUAUAAAUAUACACCCUUUUUUGGGUGUUGAAUCGCAUACAUAGUCGAAUGGUGUAUGUGUCACUAUAUUUUGACUAGUUUACCCACAACCAUAUUUGCCACCAUCAAUCCUGCUGAGCAAACGAAGCGUGAAAGUCAGACUCUGAA